AUGACCGGCCCAACAGAAAGCCAAAGUCAUGAAACUAGCGAGAAACAUGGAAAUCAUGAUGCUAGAGACAAUGCGGCGUUCACCAUUGAAUCAUUGGCUCACCAACCACCUAAUGCAACCUCACAUCCCCAUGAAACCGACGAUAUUCUUCCAGAACCUUCACAUGAGUGUUCAGUUAUAACUGAAAUUGAGAAGAAAAGCGCUGGAGGAAGCCAUGUCGCUCCCGAAGAGGAUCCGCCCGAACCUCCAUAUAGUGUUCUUAGUGAGCCUGUUAAGAUCUCGAUUAUCCUUACUGCUUCUUUCGCCGCCAUCAUUUCGCCAAUAUCUAGUAGCAUCUAUUUUCCAGCCCUAAACUCGCUUGCAAACGACCUUCACGUGUCGGUAUCCUUAAUCACAUUAACGAUUACUACGUAUAUGAUCUUCCAAGGGAUAGCUCCUUCCCUCAUCGGAAAUUUCUCAGAUAUAAGUGGGCGGCGCCCAGCCUAUAUCAUCUGCUUUUCUAUCUAUAUAUGCGCCAACAUCGGUCUGGCUUUGCAAAAUAGCUAUGCUGCUCUGAUGGUACUUCGUUGUCUUCAGAGUUCUGGCAGUAGCGCGACUAUUGCCUUGGGCAGCGCAGUAGUUGCCGAUGUAUCGACGCGAGCACAGCGCGGUAAAUACAUUGGCUACGCAUCUAUGGGAGUGACGUUAGGCCCAGCUUUAGGUCCUAUCAUCGGAGGUCUCCUUGAUCAUUACCUUGGCUGGAGGUCUAUAUUCUGGUUUCUUACAAUAUUCGCGAGCGUUUUCUUUGCGAUUGUUGUCGUUGCCAUGCCAGAGACCUGUCGGGCAGUUGUAGGUAAUGGGUCUGUGUCGCCACCUACAUGGCAGCUCUCGUUAUGGCAAUAUUUUCGGCACCGAGGCAAAAGAGGAGAAAAUCCGGACGCCGAUGUACAAACCAUACAGAGAGGUCGGAAGCGUCCUAAUCCUUUAACUUCAAUAAAGAUUGCGGCCCAGAAAGAAGCGGGUAUGAUCUUGUGGUAUGGCGCACUACUAUAUUCUGGCUACUUUGUAGUCUUAAGCACUCUGUCAACACAACUACAACAAAGAUAUGGGUUCGACUCGUUGACAAUUGGACUAUGUUACCUACCAUUUGGGGCGGGUAGCCUGACUUCUCGCUGGACGGUGGGCCGCAUCCUUGAUAAAAAUUUCCACCGGCUUGCACGUCUUCGCGGCUUAACUAUUAUCAAAAACCGACAACAAGAUAUUAGCCAGUUCCCCGUAGAGUUUGCUCGACUACAGAUAUCUAUCCCGAUUAUAUAUGCAGCAUGUCUCGCCAUUGUCGCAUAUUCCUGGGUUAUGUAUUAUAAGACUAACCUGGCUGGUCCCCUCGUUAUGCUCUUUUUCACGGGGCAUUUAGUAACGGGCGCCUUCAGCUCGCUUAACACACUAGUAGUAGAUAUAAAUAGGGAGACGCCGGCUACCGCUGUAGCAGCGAAUAAUUUGUUCCGCUGCCUCUUAGGCGCAGGCGCUACCGCCAUCGCGAAUCCUCUCAUUGACCGCAUCGGUAUAGGUUGGACGGGCACAUUCGUUGCCUUCCUCUGGGUUCUGUUUAGUCCUUUACUCUGGGCCGUGAUGAGAUUUGGACCCGAAUGGAGAGCUGAGGCACAUGCCAAGGCAAAGGCGAAAGCGGAAAGGAAGACGGAGAGAAUUGCUGUGGCGGAUCUUGAAGCUGGUAUGAGGAGAGAACUUGGUCUCCCAUAA